GCGUUCCCUCCGGUCUCCUAGCAACGGCGAUGGACCGCGAAGCGGAGGGUCGCGCUUACCUAGCGCAGCACAAAAUCCCGGAGCUUUUGCACAACCUGAGCGCCUUGCUGCUCUAUCACCGGCCAGACAGACCAAGAGAGUUUUUGAUAAAGACACUGGAAAAGAUAAAAUAUGCAAAAAUGACUUCUACGGAAUUCCCUUAUCUUAUGGAUGAGACAAACGUGGAUGCAAUGUUUGAAAUGCUAGAUGUUGCAGGCCAAGGUUACAUAACCAUACCACAGUACAAAGGAGCACUUGAAUCUUUGGGAUUAAGUAUCCAGGAUGAAGUUUAUAAAGAAACUGACAUUAUGACAGCAGAGGAGUUCAGGGGGAAAGUGAUGAAAAAAUUUGCUGAAAUGUGGGAAGCAUUUUAAUCUUCAGUGUUCUGAUCUAAAGCUGCUUGGCUUCAUAUUUUACUUUUGAGAAACUAGUAUUUCCAUUAUAUAUAGUUGACUCUUCCUAGUGUAAUAAUAAGUACACCAACACUAUAGCAAUUCUAGAAUUUGGCUUGUCAAAUAAAUACUGGGUUCAUUAUAGCCAAAAUUAAGCAGUUUUAGUCCCUUUACUGCAUUGGGGGGAGACUAUAUAUAUAUAUUUAUUGCCCCAAACUCUCUCCUUAAUGAAGGCUUCAUGAUACCUCUCACUACCUACAAGAUGCAAGGUAGAUUAUGCAGAUUAGUAAAUAGAUUAUGAGUGUCACUCUUAUGGGCCAUUUCUAAACCAGAAGGAAACGAAUUACACAUUUCCUUGCCACAAUGUGAAGUUGCUCUGGCUUGAACAAAAAGGAACAGGAUGAAAAAUUAUUGCCCCAUGCCUGUUUAGAGAAUAGGCAUGGAGCAAACAUUUUUCAGAGUUUGCUUUUAUCCAUUUUAAAAACAGAAACCUUGGUUUUUACAGUACUUAGUAAGAUGUAAAAUGUUUGGAGAAAUGGAUUUGUGGAGUACCAUAGUUUGCAAAAGCACAACUUUUUCUAAAGUUGUACAUUUGUCACAUGCAUGUGUGCAGAAAUACAUUUUUUUUACUGUGUGACAAUGAAGAAAGCCUUUUCGGCUUUUAACCUGUUAGUAAGUUGCUUGAAACAUUUUUUUUGUAGUAAGUGACUAUGUCAAAUACAGGCAACAACCGUUUUAGUCACAGCCAAUAUGUGUGCAACCACACACACAUCAUGCCAAACCUGGAAGUGACUCAAAAAUGUCACAAAGGGGGCGGAUCGGGGCAGGGGCAGAACGGGGUGUUUGCAGGCUUUUUCAAUGGGCGUUCCGAUUAUAUGCGAUUUCAUGCAAGCAAGCAACUGCCACGGAAAUGGGGAGUUGCGUGUAAAUACAUAAAUAAUAUUGGUAGAAAUUAGGGGCACAAGAACAAAAGGGGGAACAGGUUUCAGUACACUCGUUAAUAAACCAAGUAGUAGAAAACAGAUUUUUGUUUAGUGUUAGAAAUAAAAUGAGAGCACAACAUCAUAGGUGUCCAAUUAAGAAUGGCUAUUUAAUCCUGUCAUGCCAGGAUAGAUAUUUUCCUAGUUCAUCCAUUGCCAGCAACAGACAAACUGUAAAUGUUAGAGCUAAACCUUGCUUGUUGAGGGUACAAACUCUGACAUAGUUCGCUCACUUCUUUAACCAUAGCAGAAACUGAAAUAGGUUGUGAAAAACCAACACAAAAGUUUAAUGAACUACAGCUCAAAUAAAAGCAGCUGUACACAUUUGUGUAUGCAUAAUAAAAGACAUGAACAUUCUGCCAGUUGUGAGUGCAGUGCCUAUCAGUACUCUUGAGGCUAAAUACAUCUGUUCACUGGUUAUAAAUAUGCAUUCAUCAGUACCCUAUUCUAAUUAGAUUUCCUGAAUUGCAGUGUUACGCAUGCCUGCAAUCAGUUUUCAUCUGUACCAAACUCAUGAAGCCAUGUUUACUACUGUAUUUGGAGAAAACAUUUCCUGCAGACCUGAAAAUAUUAGCAAAGCCAUCCAUGUUCUUCUACGCCAGCAAAAUUGCACUGUGCAGACAGCUCAAGCGCCGUAUUUGCUCAGAUUAUUUAAAAACAAAAGUUACAUUUUUAUAAACACCAUUUUGCAAUGAAUUUGAAAUUAUACACCUCAAGCUAAUACAAAAAUACAAUUUUAAUUAGAAAUUGCCUGGAUAGAACUAGUAAAUAUGAAACCAGUUUCAUGUUGAAACUUUUAUCCAAUCACUGCUAAGGAUCUUCAGCGUAGCCAUAUUGUGUUCAGCUGUGUCUGGUUUUUUAUGCUUGUGUCCAUUUUUAGCACUUCCCGAAUAGCCAUCGUAGCAUAAGUUGAUGGGGGAAGAGAGAAGUCCAUCUUCAGAGCCUUGUAUCUGCCUUCUGUCAUAAGUAAAUUAAUGUUUAGGAGGAGAAGAAGAAAACAACCCCAAAGGAGCAAAAUAUCCAACCAGUGUUAAGUUUGACGUAAUAACUUCAGAAGAGCUUGCUUGAUUAAGCCAAUGGCCCAUCUAUUCAGCAUCCUGUUCUCAGGUGCUUUUGGAAAACCUGGAAGCCGCACCUGAGCAAGAGAGUGGUCUUCCCCUCCUGUGGUUUCCAGCAGCUGCUAUUCAGAGACACAUUGCCUCCAACCGCUCAGUUUACAUCACUCCCAAGAUCUUAAUGUUAAACAUACACUCAGGUGGGGGCUGCCCCUUCCGCCCCAUGGGAUCUCUCAGCCUGCUUUACAGAUUUCAAGUCACAAUGACGGAUGCCUUUAAGACAGGGUGGCUAACCCUUUUCGGGCAAAGGGUCACAAUGACUCAUGGUGAAUCCUCCUAACCAUAAGCUGGUUUAAAAGGCCAAAAUUAUACUCAGCAAACCAAGCCACAAGAUGUAGGCUGGGAGAAAUACAGGAAUUCGGAAUCUGAUCUCCUGCGUGGGAAUAUAGAGAGUGAGGGAGAAAUAAUGGGUCUUCCCUGGGUAAAAAAGGUAAAAUUCUCUAUGGCAGCCUGUCUCAACCUUGGGUCCCCAAAUGAUGCUGGACUACAAGUCCCAUCAUCCCCAACCACUGGUCCUACUAGCUAGGGAUGAUGGAACCUCUAAUCCAACUACAUCUCUAAGGUAGUAAAAACCACUCUGCUAGCAAGUCCAGUUGCCCCUGAAAUAGCUUGCUCCAUGUUUUUUUUACCUUUUGUCUUUAGACUGGCAACUAGAUUUUUGCCAAGAGGCAUCUGAUAUCCUUGAGCAACUAUUGCAAAAGAGGGUGAGGUGAUCAAGUAUUGAGGGCUCUCUCUUCAAUUUGCCCCUCAAAUGGGAGAUUUGUUUUGGCAGCAACUUUGCCUCCAUCAGCAGUAUCUCACAUCCCUUGAAAGAGGCCAGCUCAUGUUUAUCUCUACAGCAAAAGUACCAGUGUUUCUGGUAAGCUGUUUUAACUCUGUCUGUUAGCUCAAUAUCUAAUUUUGGAGAAGAAACAUACUUUUUAAAGCUUUCAACCCAACAUAUUUUU